AUGGCAAAACCUUACGUGAAAUCCAAGGAGGUGACAGAGUUGGUCAACACACCAUCCUGGAUGGACAAAGGUCUGGGCUCUCAGAAUGAGAUGAAGGAGGAGGAGAGAAGACUAGCUGCUUAUGGGAUGCUUGGAAGCUUAGCUGAAGAGCAUGACAGUAUUGAGGAGGAAGAAGAGGAGGAAGAGGAUGGGGAGAAGCCUAAGAGAAGGGGUCCCAAGAAAAAGAAGAUGACAAAAGCUCGCCUUGAGAGAUUCAGGGCCCGAAGAGUCAAGGCCAAUGCUAGAGAGCGGACCCGGAUGCACGGCUUGAAUGAUGCUCUGGACAACCUGAGGAGAGUCAUGCCAUGUUACUCAAAGACCCAAAAGCUCUCCAAGAUAGAGACUCUAAGACUGGCCAGGAACUAUAUUUGGGCUUUGUCUGAGGUCCUGGAAACUGGACAGACACCUGAAGGGAAGGGCUUUGUCGAGAUGCUCUGCAAAGGGCUGUCUCAGCCCACAAGCAACCUGGUGGCUGGAUGCCUCCAGCUAGGCCCUCAGUCUGUCCUCCUGGAGAAGCAUGAGGAGAAAUCUCCUAUUUGUGACUCUGCCAUUUCUGUCCAUAACUUCAACUAUCAGUCUCCUGGGCUCCCCAGUCCUCCUUAUGGCCACAUGGAAACACAUCUUAUUAAUCUCAAACCCCAAGUAUUCAAGAGUUUGGGAGAAUCAUCCUUUGGGAGCCAUCCACCUGACUGCAGUACACCACCUUAUGAGGGCCCACUCACUCCACCUUUGAGCAUCAGUGGGAACUUCUCCUUGAAGCAGGAUGGCUCUCCUGACCUGGAUAAAUCCUACAGCUUCAUGCCACAUUAUCCCUCUGCAAGUCUAAGCUCAGGGCAUGUGCAUUCAACUCCGUUUCAGGCUGCUACACCUCGCUAUGAUGUUCCCAUAGAUAUGUCCUAUGAUUCCUACCCCCACCAUGGCAUUGGGGCCCAACUUAAUACAAUCUUUACUGAUUAGGGCAGUAAGACAAACAUUGCAGAGGAUAAUAUGGAAAUGUUUUCCACAAUUCAAGUGGUUGAGCUGAAAAAUCAAUGACCUUAAGGAACCCUAUAGAUAUAUAUUGGACGCAAUAUCCCCAGUCCAUUUGGGCCGUCCUGUACCAGCCACUCUCUUUUCUUAUCAGCUUCUCAUAUUGCAUUGAUUCCUUUAGUUAGGAUCCUCAAGUGAAAUUAUUGGAUUGUUACAAUCAUGUGGAAAUAAAACAGAAGCCCUGGGCCCUACUCUAAUGAUACCAAAAACUCACUGAAUGAUCUAUGCCAAUUAAUUUUUCAUUGCUGACCUCUGUUUACUUACUGGUAAAAUCGGACAAUUGUUUUAAGUCUAGGUGGUUUCUAAAGUCCUUCACAGCUCUGAAAUUCAAUAACUUGGGUGACCACACCUGUAAACUUUUUGAAACUGAAAGGAUUG